AUGGCCACACCACGCGAAGAUCUCCCCAGAAUAUCAGUAGAUACCGUCGACGACUGGAAGAGACUAGCUUCCAAUUGCCGCCAGACAGCCGCUUCAAUACUCGAAGCAGAAGUUCGUGCAAAAGGUCUCCAAUCCGAACGCGACGCGCUCAACCAACAUAUGCAAGAGUUCAUUUCUAGGACAUUUACAGUCGCGCAACCAAACCUUCGCGUCAACGGGAACCCCUUUGCAGCUCUAGAAAAUAUAAACGCACAUGACAUGGAGUCAUUCGACGAAGCACUAGACCGGCGUAUUUGGUCGCUAGCAGACACCCGUUUCCAAUGGGACAAACGGAUAGCGGAAAACCGAAAGAACGCACCCGCAGAAAUCAGUGCAAUAGUCGGCCAAUCUCUGCAACAACACCAUCAACUCGACGCAGAGGUCGGCGCUGACGCUGAAGAAACGGAAGAAGUCCCACCCGAAGACCCAAUUAAAGAUCUAGAAAGCGCGACAGAAGCCGUUCUCAAAACGACCGCCCUCGCAGAGGAACUCUCGCAGACAAUACAAAAACAACAAGAAAGAAGCGAACGAGUAAAGGUCGUGUCUGCAGAGAUCAAGUCUCUGAGGCCAUAA